AUGCCUUUUACUUUCGAAGGCAAAACUGUGCCUAAGGCUCGCCAGGAUAAAGCAUUACAAACGUUGAGGAGAGAUGCCAGCCCUGAAGAGCUAAAGGACUGGCCUCACUGCUACAUCAAAGAAAAGAUUCGAGUACCGCUGUUUCACAAGCACAGCGAAGAUUAUGAGCGAGAGAGGUCCUAA